UACCACCAAUUUGAAUAGUCUCGAUUUUGGACGUUGGCAUAACUGUUUCCCUCCGUCAUUUUAGGUAUGUCGACUGAUUCACGGAAAAUCGGCCUCAGAAGAAAAUUUUCAACGAAUUUGUUUACAAUUUUAUAACAAUGAGUGAUGAUAAUAAAGUGAAGUACUUAGUAGUAGAUACGAGUGCAUUUAUUAGAAAUGUACCGCUACAGGAUAUUGGUGUCAACAUCAUAACGGACCAAAAUGUUGUUAAUGAAAUAAGGAAUAAAAGACAGCUUCGAAGACUGGUUGUUCUUCCUUACGACUUGGUUAUCAAAGACACUUUUGCAGAAAAUAUCAAAUUUGUGACUGAAUUUGCCAAGAAAACUGGAGAUUACACAAGUCUGUCAGCAACAGAUAUUAAAGUUAUAGCUUUAACUUAUCAAUUGGAAAAAGAACAUGUUGGUACUUCUCAUCUGAAAGAAGUGCCGCAAGUGCCAAAAACCAUCGAUGCCUCCCACGGGCAACUGCUGGAUCAUCCUAAAAGUGUAGCUGGUUUUUACAUUCCUGGAGCUGAAAAUGACAGCGAAACUGAUGAAGAUGAACACAGUGAAUUGGCAGAGAACAAAGAUAAAGAUGCACAAGAAGCAAAGAAUGAAAAUGAAACUAUGAUAGUUAACACCAAAAUUAGAGAGCAGAAACAAAGAAACGAAUCGGAUGAAACAGGAAGUAAUGAAGAGGAAGACUGCAGUCCUUUGGAAUUGUCAGAUUCAGCAGACGAAUCGGAUUAUUUGACUGCCGUUUCCGAUAUGGAAGAGCCUGAAACUGAUGAUCUGGCUUCCAAAUUCAAAACCUUGAAUUGCAACCACGAGGACCUGAAAGUUGAGGGUGAACUCGGAAUUGACGAAAUUCUUGUCCCGGUAGAACCGGAUUCUGAAAGUAAUGAGGAUUCUGGAGAUGGUGGCAGCGAAGGAAAUGAUGAAGACAGCGACGAUGGAGGAUGGAUCACUCCCAGUAACAUAGCACAAGCAAAGAAAUCAAUGGAGGCAGAUAUUGUUGCGGAAAAGACAGCAAUCGUCGCUUGUAUGACGACCGAUUUCGCAAUGCAGAAUGUACUGAAGCAAAUCGGCCUAAACGUAGCUGCAUUAGAUGGACGAGUGAUCAAGCAAAUGAGGACGUUUAUAUUCCGUUGUUACGCAUGCUUCAAAACUACGAGCAUCAUGACUAAAGUCUUUUGUCCAUCUUGCGGUUUAAAGACGUUGAAAAAAGUUGCUGUCUCAUUGGAUGACGAAGGAAAACAACAAAUACACAUUAAUUUUCGAAAACCACUAUCGUCCAAAGGGAAACGGUUCUCUUUGCCAACACCAAAGGGAGGAAAACACGCGGUAAAUCCGAUUCUCUGCGAGGACCAACCGGUCCCUGAUCAGAGGCCCAGUCGCUUGGCGCGUAUGAAGAAUGAUCCUCUGAAUGAUGAUUACAUUGCCGGUUAUUCACCGUUUGUCAUGCGUGACGUCACUUCCAAGUCUGCGAUGUUGGGAAUUCGUCCCGGUAGCGGUGUCAAGUAUUGGAUGAAAAAAAAUCCUAACGAGCCUCGUCGAAAACGUAAAUGAUCGGUAUCAACGAAAUUGUCUUUGUCCUUUCUUAUCUCUCAUUGUUUAUUCGAUAAUGUAAAUAAAUGCAUCUCAUUAAAAUGUUA